GACCUCAAUACUCCAAGUUUGGACAAAAAAAAUACACAUGUUUAGAAUCAUCCAUGCCAACAUGAUCUUAUUGUAACAUUUGGAGCUAGAGGAGUAACAUCGUGCAUUCGUUUCCUUGGUAACUUUCCAGCCUUCUCAGAGUUGCACGUCCCACACAUAUCUCUGGUGUUGAGGCCAUAUGCUGUUGCCCAUCAUUCGUGAGGAGCCGGCCCGGUGAUCCAUAUUCGGCACUCAUGUGAGCCCCCCAAAGAUAUACUUGCAUCUCACAUCAACCUAUGCAGCACACCCAGCAGCGAGCAAUCAAAUGUAGCAAAUACAAUUUGGGACACUUUGGACAAUUUGGAUUGGAUAUACUUGACGUUGGCUCUCCUAUAAAAAGAAAAUAAAAAUAAAGAAAAAAACAUAAAGAAAAAAGAAAAAGAAAAGAAAUAAAUAAAUAUGAAGAGAGCUACAACAUCAGCGAUCACCAUUACGGACCCCUUGGUCAAGUACCAAAGUCUGAUCGCCACAGGACUAUACUCACCGGAUCCUGCGCAACACCGCUUGGCUAUACAUCUUCAAAAGAUCUACCAGCGGCUGAAAGAUUACUCACCCUCCGUAGAAUAUCGCUCAAGGCUACAGACAAUACAAAAUGCCUUGGAAGGCACAAAACCAAAGAAGGCGGACGACUCUGCCGCAUUGGCCGUUGAGAGCCAUCCCAUAAGGCGCAACCCUUUCUUUGCCCGCUUCUUUGCCAGGACCGAGUCGAAAGACACCCUGGCUCUGACAAGGGUGCUGGAAAGCCACGAGGCAGCCAUCAGUAUCAAUUCCCCCCAGGGCUUGUUCUUGUCCGGGGAAGUCGGCACUGGCAAGUCCAUGUUACUGGACCUCUUGGCCGACGGAUUGCCGACAAGUCGAAAGAAGCGAUGGCACUUCAAUACCUUUAUGCUAUACACAAUUUCACAGCUUGAGCGGCAUAGGAGGACAAACUCGCAAUUGGGCAUUGACGACCAGUUCUCCUUGCUGUGGAUGGCCAAAGAGAUGAUCGAAAAGUCUCCGGUCCUCUUCCUGGAUGAGUUUCAGCUGCCUGAUAGAGCAGCAAGCAAGAUCCUCAGCAACUUGUUCACUGCAUUCUUUCAACUUGGCGGUGUCCUGGUCGCAUCUUCUAACCGGAUGCCCGAGGAACUGGAAAAGGCCACGGGCUUCGAGUAUGUUCCGCCUACUACCAGCGGGCUCAUCGGCAGAGCCCUCGGUCUUGGGCCGAAGAAGGGCAAGGGGGAGCUAUUCGGAUCAUCUAGUGAUUUUGCCAACUUUCUGGAAGUGCUGAAAGCAAGGUGCGAGUUCUGGCAGAUGGAGGGAGGCAGAGACUGGCGCAGGAGGGAGGCCGAAGAAGCGCCAGAACAACUUAUAUAUGCAACUGCAGAAGGGUCUUCUGAUGGAAUCACUACGGACAUCACAGUCGAAGAUGUCGACACUAGUCAUGCGACGGCUGAAGAUGCAGACACAAAAACUUCGACUAAAACCCCAAAGAACUACAGUCUUAUUCAAUCAUCUGACGAAGCAGCGUGGGAUAGUACGUUGAUGGCGAUUUCUGCCUCGUCAGGUCCCAUCUCAUGGACACCAGCAACGUUGACCGUCUAUGGUCGAAAGGUCCACAUUCCCCGUCAACAUCACGGCAUUGUAUACUGGAACUUUAAUGAUCUGGUAUCAUCCUACGGCCCUGCUGACUACAUUACCAUGGCCUCUACCUUUCACACAUUCGUCAUCGACAGGAUCCCCGUCCUCACCGUACUAAAGAAGAACGAAGCCCGCCGUCUCAUCACGCUUCUCGACGCUUUAUACGAAGCACGCUGUAAGCUAGUCGUGCGGGCCGAGGUCGGACCCGACGAACUCUUCUUCCCGGAAGCGAAAGCAGCCGCCAAAUUAUCGUCAUCCAGCAAGACGGGUGACACCAUCGAUGCAGACGCCAUUCUACCCGAGACGAUCGCGGAGGUCUACCAGGACGUCACCUCGCCCUUCAGACCCAACAUCUCGACGUACUCGGAUCCGUCCUCGGAUCCGGCGAACACGGCAUAUGAUCCAGACGUCGACUCGGACUUCGGGGUCGAGCAGAAGAGCCCCAGGCUCAGGCCCGACUUCACCAACACCGGCGCGUUCACCGGAGAGGACGAGAGAUUUGCAUACAAGCGUGCCGCCAGCCGUCUGUGGGAGCUAUGCGGCGCCCGGUGGCAUGCCAGGACGGGAGAUUGGUGGUGCCCACUGCCGCUCGAGGCGAGGCACUGGGAAGGCGGUGCCAUGUCUAAGCCCUUGAGUAUGCAGUUCGGGAAGGAAAACCGCCAGGGCGACGUCGCCCUGGGCGAGAGCAUUGAGUUGGACCAGCCGGCUGGCCUACAGGGGCUGAGGGUCGAAGAGCUGAGGAACGUCAUGAUGGGUGAGCGCAAGGCGGCUCGAGAGGAACGAGAGAGGGCCGGCGAUAGGUUUGCCAGGAGUCGUGGACAGUCCAACGACGGUUUCGAAUGAGAGACACUAUUUAUGUGAAGCUGCCUUACCUACUCGCAUAUGUUAGACAGAACGCAUAAAUGUGUCAGAGCGUAAGAUAUUAGACAAUUAACAAAGAGCAAUUCAAGAUAUUGAAGCCACUAAAA